UGUGCAUAGCACCAUCGCCUCGGAACGGUAAUUAGCCCCGCUUUUCAGCUCUCGCGUACAGCUAGUCGUCGUCAUGAUCGCGUCGAGCCACAUCCACAGCCACAGCCAAGCUGGCACGGGGCAUGGGCAAUGCUGCGCUAUAUAGUAACUGAAUUAAUCAUGUGCCUUGUGUUUCUUUGAAACAUUUUAUUUACCGGACCGGUUUUUUCAUGUAUACAAAAUAAAACCGAUAUUUCAGUUGUCCAGGUUCAUCCUUGCACUACGGUCGACCGCGUACAUUUUCGCUGCAAUUUCUCACACAUUACCUACCUAUAUAUCUCUCUUUCGUGGCGCGAAUCCAGCUUCAAAUCGAAAGUGAUACCGAUCGCGCGACAUCCAAAAAAAAACAAAUAAAAACCAUCUAACGAGAUAUCCCCUCAUAUAUGCGUCAUCUUUCGGGUUAUAUCAUUACUUCGAGACAUUCUCCUUAUUAUCGAGUUAUAUUAUUAUUAUCAUCAUCGUAAUCGAUUUAAUCCAUAGAUACACCUCGUAUUCGAAUUCGAUCACCAUUCGCGCGAUUAAUCAGCAUCGGCGCCGUUAAAAUGCAUUCCGGGACUCGAAAUCGACAACGUAUUCUUCGUAGUACUUUGCGGUUACCUUUUUCUUAAAGUUUCAUAGUGACGGGCUGCUUUUCAUCAUCGUCGGUGUGAUUGUUUUCGCGCGAUUUGUAUGACUCAGAUGGGCGAUCAUUGCAAUAGUUAAUUUAUCGUCGACGAGCUGCAAAAUGCCAGUGAAAAUUCUUCAUUCUUCGCGACUAAUAUGCGCCAAAAAUCAUGCAUACCGUUAAACGCUAUGCAUCCUUAGUGAUAACAAUACCGACACAUAGAGUGAUUUUGAAUCUCAUCGUGGUGGCCGUCAUCGUGUCCUCGGCAUUGGAUGUCACUGCCGUUCGCUGGCUGAGCGUACAUCAAGUAAAAAGCAUACCCUGGAAUGAUACCAAAGUAUGUAAGGAUGCGAGAAAACAAUACGGUUUAACAAAACAACAGACGUCUUUUUGCAAAAAAUCUGCGGACGUUAUGCCGCACGUUCAAGAGGCUGCGAAAUUGGUCGUCAGCACAUGCGAAAUGUUAUUCCGAUCACGACGAUGGAAUUGCUCUUCAUUGAGGAAGUUACCAUUGAUAAAAGCAGAUUUGAAUACUGGUACCAAAGAACGAGCCAUAGUGCACGCCAUGAGCACGGCAGCUUUAACAUACACUGUUUCGCGAGGCUGUUCGCAAGCAUCGAUCAGCAGCUGCACUUGCUCCGACCAUCCAGACGAGCCUCCGCAUGGUAACUUCAAAUGGGGCGGUUGCGGGGACAACGUUGAUUGGGCGUCGCAAUUCUCCAGGCAGUUCGACAACAAAAAGAACCCCAAACGAGUGAAACGCGUCGUCAGCAAACCUCAGAAACGCCUCAAUGAACAAAACCAGCAACGCAGAGACCGAGGCACAAACGAUGACGGCAACGAAGUACUCGACCAAAAUACCGAUUUACUCAACGAGGUACACAAUCACAACGGCGAAAUGGGCAGAAAGCUCGUUUCCGAAAGCCUGACAACUCACUGUAAAUGCCACGGCGUCUCCGGUUCUUGUAGUAUAAAAACGUGCUGGAGAGGUUUACCGAUGAAAUUCAGCGAGAUCGGCGAAAGCGUCAUGGUUGCUUAUAACCGAGCUGUUCAAGUACACACGCUGAGCAGAAUGCACGUAGUAACACGCUAUGAAAAUGAACGAUGCUUACUUUACGUACAAGAUUCGCCAAAUUAUUGUGUACGUAAUCCAAAACUUGGAAUUUACGGAACAUCCGGAAGAGACUGUGACUCCAGCUUGAACGCCGCAGAAAAUUGCGAUGUGAUGUGCUGCGGAAGAGGCUACUCGUCUCGUAAUGUACCAUACUAUGAAAAAUGUCGUUGCCAGUAUAACCCGGCUCGUUACAAUGUUGUUUGUGAAAAAUGUACAUAUAACAGAACGGUUAAUACAUGUAAAUGACCUAGUGUUUUUACGUAUAUACGUAGGUAUCAAAUAUUUAUUGUUUUUCUCUUCUCUCUAUUUUUUUUUUGCUGUUUCAUGUUUUCAAAAAUUAUAUCAUUAUUAUUUUUGUUA